AAACCGCAAGUUGUUCCAUUCGAAUGAACACACAGUGAAUUCGGUGGUGUUUUUAUCCGGAAAAAUAUUAAAUAAUAUUUUAAAUUAAAAUAAUAAUAAUCCUAAACGAAACGAAAUUCAAUAAAAAAAAAUAAAUAUUUUAAAAUGAAGUUAUUUAUUGCAACCGCUUGUGUCCUUUUACUGACAACCGGCAUUUUAGCCGAUCCAAUUAAGGAUAAUAAUGCAGCACAGGGCAGUGGAUUUGCCAAGUGUUUGGAAACAGAUUCUAUUUCAUGUCUACAGCUAACACUCUUCCGCAAAGCAAAAUCAAUCUUUGACAAUCCACAAAUCGAAAUCUUUGGCGGUGUUUCCUUAGUGAAAGCAAAUGAAGGACGUCAAGGUAAAUCACUCGAUGACAAUGCCAUCGCUGUUGAAGCUGCACCAACUGUUGAAGCACGUACCACUGAAAUGGGCACAUAUUUCAUGACAAAUGCCAAGAACUUCUUCGCUGAACGUUCAUUGAACUUCAACUUUGCAAAUGCUGCUCGUUCCGUAGCACGUGCCAUUCCCGAUGACAUUAAGGCUGACUUACGUGAAUUGGUUGUUGAAUCACGUACCAAGAAGAAGAAGCUCCUCAAGAAAUUCUUGCCAAUCUUAUUGGGCGUUGGUGCUAAAGUAGCUGUUUUGGGUGUUGGUGCUAUCUUAGGUUUACUCUUCCUUGCCAAGAAAGCCCUCAUCGUUUCCGUUAUCGCUUUCUUCUUGGCUUUGGCUGCUGGUGCUUCAAGCGGUUUGGGACGUUUAGGCGGUUCAGGCGGUUCUGGUGGUCUACUCGGCGGUUUGGGUGGUCUUUUCGGCGGCAAAAACUCAGGUGCCAGCGCUAGCUCAGGUGGUUGGUCAUCCGGUGGUGCCGCUACUGGAGGUUGGUCAUCAGGCGGCAGUUCCGGUGGCUGGGACUCACAUGGUGCCUACAGUUCACCAGUUGCACAGACAAUCGCUUACUCCGGCUACAAACAAGCAAGGCGAUAAACGUUAAAGCGAUCACUUUUCCAACAAACUUAGGGUAAUGUUUAAAUUAAUUGGGUGCGUAUGGGCGCUGCGGUUAGAGACGCGCCCAUAUGCAAAUUUAGGACAAAACAAAAACAAAAAACGGUUACAAAAAAACACAGACAAAUUGAUUAACAGUUAAUUUAACGUUAA